UCAGGACUUGACCCAACUAAGUCGUCCCCAUCCCUCUGCUGCCGCAAAGCCCCAGAAGUUCCAGUUUUAAGUUCGCCACUUCCGGUCCGGCGGAGUAUCCAACAGAGUCAACAGCGGAAGUGCUAUAAAGAAGUGUGGACUCCUUCCGGUUCCGGCCUCGCGAGCUCAGUGUGGCAACAUGAAGCUGCUCACCCACAAUCUCCUGAGCUCGCAUGUGCGGGGUGUCGGCACGCGUGGCUUCCCCCUGCGCCUGCAGGCCACCGAGGUCCGCAUCAACCCCGUGGAGUUCAACCCUGACUUCGUGGCGCGGAUGAUCCCCAAAGUGGAGUGGGCGGCGCUUGUGCAGGCUGCUGACACCUUAAACCUGGCCGAGGUACCCAAAGAGCCGACUGAAGGUUAUGAGCACGACGAGACGUUUUUGAGGAAAAUGCACCACGUGUUGCUUGAGGUUGAUGUACUGGAGGGGACCCUGCAAUGCCCAGAAUCUGGUCGUCUUUUCCCCAUCAGCCGCGGGAUCCCCAAUAUGCUGCUCAACGAUGAGGAGACUGAGACAUAACCUUGCUAGCUACCACUUUGGUGUUUUGUGACCAUGUGUGUCUGUUGUACAGUUUGUUAACUAGGUAUGUCAUAUGUGACCCGGAUGAUCCCCCUCACCCCCCAGUGACUCACUGACCACCGUGUACUUGAGCUCCAUAGUAUAUUUUUUUUUCUCAUUAAAGGUUCAAAACCAAAA